AAGGCAUCAGAACCACCCAAGUACAAGGGCAACAAAGGCUCGGACAUCACUCUCGAACAAUGGUUACAGAAGAUGGGCCUUUGGUUCCGUGUUCAGAACAUCACCACGGACAACGACAAGAUUACCCUGGCCCUCAUGUACUUGGAAGGCGGUGCGCACGACUACGUUGAGGACUACGUCGAGACAGCAUCAAACGGCGGAACCCUUGGAUCCUGGACCAACUUCGUCAACCGGCUCAAGGCAGGCUACCGUCAACUGGCCCCCGAGAAGACCGCGCAAACAUCCCUGGAG